CAAGGCAGCUGCCGAUCGCACCUGCAGAGGAGCAUCGACCGAGACCGGCGCAGAAAUCGACACGUUCACCAGUCUCUACUGAUCGCAGUUCUUCUUUCCCUCAUCUCUUCUAUCUCCUCGGCGGCGCGUAAUUAAACCACCGCCACCAACAACGCCAUGAAGCAAAAGAUCGUGAUCAAGCUGAGCGUGGCGAGCGACAAGAGCCGGUCCAAGGCCAUGGUGCUGGCCGCCAAGGCAGACGGGGUGAGCAAGAUGGGGAUCACCGGCGACGGCAAGGACCGGCUGGAGGUGGAGGGCGACGGCGUCGACGCCGUCUGCCUGGUCGAGUGCCUGCGCAGGAAGGUCGGCCACGCCGAGAUCCUGCAGGUGGAGGAGGUGAAGCCCGCCGAGAAGAAACCGGAGGAGAAGAAGCCGGAUGAACCCAAGGUCGUGCCGCUGCCGUACUGGUGGUAUCCCUACCACUACCACCACCCGCAGCCAUGGUGUUGACUGUUGAGUGGUGCUUGCUGACCAGCCAGCCGAUCAUGGAACCGGCCGUUUUGAUGGAUGAUUAAUACUCCGUUUGAGACUCUUUGGUAUUUGUAUUCAGACUCUUUGGUAUCGAAUGAAAAUAUGAAAACCAAAAAGAAUUAGCAAUGGUGUUACCUGUCCAUAUAUUUAAUUUGAUCGGUUAAUUUUCA